UAUUGUUCCGCAAAAAAUGGCGGAUCAUUAGCGUUGUAGAAGUGCGUGGAAAAGUAUAAUGUUUUUUAAAAGUGAAAUAAUAGAGCGAUUAAAUCAGCCUGAGGAUAAUUAAAUUUGUCAAUUGUUUGUGAUUGUGAAGUGGUGAAAUUAUACAUGAAAAAAUGGAUCAAGCUCCGACAGAUACGGAUCUCCGCAACAUUAUUGACAAAUUGGCCCAGUUCGUUGCUCGUAAUGGACCGGAAUUUGAGCAGAUGACAAAGAAUAAGCAGAAGGACAACCCCAAAUUUAGUUUCCUGUUCGGUGGAGAGUACUUCAACUACUAUCAGUACAAAGUGACGACGGAGCAAGCCAUUUUAAAGCAAAAAGGAAUAAAUCCAAUGCAAAAUGCAGAUCCACGUUUAAACGUUUCGCAGCAGCAGCAGCAGCAACAUCAAUCUGCAACAUCGGGCCCACAGGGGAUGAAUAAUGUCAGUCUUAUGUCAAAUUUAAAUACUCAAAACAAUGGCCUCAAUUCAGUUGGGACACCAGGUUCAUUAAUGACUGGGACAAUUGGCGGAGGGACAAAUACAGUACCAUCGAUGGGUGUCGCAGCCGUUGAAAAUUCAUCAGCUGGUAAUUUAAAUGGACCACCAGCUUGGCUUCAAAAUGAAUUGGCAAAUCUUCAAUCACAACAGGCUACUCUUCAGGAACAAGUCCAUCAAUCCGAACAAAAUUUAGCUGCACAGCAUGCUUCACUUAUGGCGCAGCAGCAAGGAAGAGUGGAAGAUGCUGUUAGACAGGCGCAAGAAACAACAUUGCAAAAUAGUGCCGAGAGUACAAAUACUGAUCUUGUUGCUUUUGAUGCUGUUUUACAACCAAUAAUUGACAGUUGUACAAAGGACAGUAUAAGCGCUGGAAAGGCAUGGAUUCUUCAGCAUUCACUUACUUCAGAAAGUAAUCAAGUUGUUGCCGAUCAUUUAUUAAAAAAAGUUAUUCAGGGAACUUCAUUUACCCAAAAAUUACAUAUUGUUUAUUUAGUAAACGAUGUUCUUCAUCAUUGCGCUAGAAAAAAGUCAAUGGAUUUACGCAAAGCAAUGGAAAGUGUGGUAGUUCCUAUGUUUUGUAAUUCAUCAUUAGCAGCAUCAGAAGAACAAGUCACUAAAUUAAAUAAACUUCUAAGUCUAUGGGAAUCAAAAAAUAAUUAUUUCGACGAGGGAAUUGUAGAUAAAUUAAAACAACCAAGUACAUCAUGGUCAGAAUAUCAAGCUAGUCUUGUGGCGCUUCAUGCAUCGGCUAUAACUCCAAUUACAGCGACAACAAAACAAACAUUCGAUAAUUAUCAGGCACAGCAUCAGGCAUUUGUUAAUCAUGCCUUGAGACAAAUACAAACUAUUGAACAACAAAAGAUUGCUAUUGAUCAACAACUUAAAAAUCCACCACCAGUGAUGAGUCAACCGCCUAUUGGUGCGCCUAAUAUUCCUGGAAGUCAACCCGAAAUCAAUUUUACACAACCACCUCCAGGUUGGGGACCAAAUGCAAAUUCAGCUCCAUUCUCUAAUGUUCCAUUGCCAGAUUUUACAAAACCACCACCAGGAUUUGGACCACAACCUCUUAUUCAUGAGCCUUCUGUGGAAGACUUAUUGCCUAGUAUGCCCUAUUUUGAAUUGCCUGCUGGUUUAAUGGUUCCUUUGAUUAAAUUAGAGGAUGGAGAGUAUAGACCGCUCGAUGCAGAUGCAAUUAGAUUGCCACCUCCAGCUCCACCCAGCGAUCGAUUAGUUGCAGCAGUUGAAGCAUUUUACGCACCACCUAAUCAUGAUUCUCCAAGAGACAGUGAUGGCUGGGAAAAAUUAGGUUUAUACGAGUAUUAUAAAGCGAAAAAUGGAGCACGUAAACGAAAAGAGGAGGAUAUAUCGGUUGGUAUUAGAGAAAAAACAAAAUCCCCUUCUCCGAUUUUAAGGCCUAGAUCGAAAAGUCCAAGUCCACCAAAGAAACGAUACAGAAGUAAAUCAAGAAGUAGAUCGAGAUCAAAAUCACGUGGUAGAAGCAAAUCUAGAUCACCAACAGCGAAUCACAGACGAAAUAAUCGUAAUGUUAAUCAUAACAGUAGAAAUCGAAGAAGGAGAAAUAGUAAUAAGGAAAGGAGUCCUGAUAGAAGAAUGGAUAGACAAGAUCGAAGUCCAACUCCGCCUAGUUUCUUAGGUUCCACUUACAGUAAAAUACCAGAAGUCAGUAUAGAUGAAAGUAACAAGGGUCAUCAAUUGUUGAAAAAAAUGGGAUGGGGAGGUGCAGGAUUGGGAGCUAAUGAACAAGGUAUUGAGGCACCAAUUUCAGGAGGUGAAAUAAGAGACAGAAACGAUCAAUAUAAAGGUGUAGGUAUUAAUUUGAAUGAUCCAUAUGAGAAUUUCCGAAAAAGUAAAGGUCAAGCAUUUAUCACAAGGAUGAAAGCAAGAGCGGAAGAGCGUGCUGAGGAAAGAGGUGACUGAAAUUAAUUGUAUAAAACUAGUUAUUUGAACUUUUACAGUAAUAAUAUAAGUUUUUUUGUGCAUAGUUUUUGAUCAAAUCGUAACUAGAUCAAUUUUUAUGUCUCUUGAUAAAAAUUUCUUUAAAAACAAAAAAAGAAUGACAAGUGUCAUAUGGAAGAUAUUCCAUUGUUCUUCCACUUUUAACAAAAAAUAAAAUAAAGUUGAUAAGCACUAUUUUAUCACAAUAUACUCAAGGCAAAGAAUUAUAAGACGUUUGUUAACGUUUAAAAAAAAAAUUACAAAAUUUAUAAAUAUUAGAAAAAAAUUAAAAUCUUCCAAAAAAAAAAAAAUAACAGAAACACACACACAUUUUUUCUAUUGUACAUGUUUACUACAAUUGAUAGUUUUUCUUUAAUGAAAAAGAAAAACGAACACGAUUUCCAACUUUUAUCGUGUUGGCUUCGUAAAUUAAAAAAUACGUGUAUUUAUAGACGUAUUAAAUAAUAAUUACUAUAUUGGAUACACAAAUAUAGCUCCGAAAUAAAAUCUGUAAAUUUGAUAAAAAAAAAAAA